AUGCAGAUCCUUGCGCUGAUCCUUGGGAUCCUGCUGCUCCCUAAAACAUGUCCAUUGGAAUGUUAUGAAUGCAUACCAGGACCAUCUGGAAGCUGCAAUGAGACAACAAAAGAAUGUCCAUCCAAUACUCAGUGUGGUUCAGUCAGAAUGAUUUCAAAUAUGGGUGGUUCAGAAUUUAAAUUUAUGGGGAGAACUUGUGUUACGCCUGAUCAGUGCUUCAGUGGCUCAGUCAACUUUGGAUUUGCCCAAGUUGUAAUUAACAGCAAGUGUUGCACCUCUGAUCUGUGCAACUCUCAAGAUGUCCCUGAUUGGAGCAUACCCUCGCCAAAUGGGAAAAAAUGCUCGCAAUGUGAUGGAAAUGACUGCACCAAAACUUUAACCUGCAACAGAAAUGAGGACUACUGCAUCUCAGCAGCAGUGAAUGCAGGAGGGGAAACUACUAAAGUAAAGGGCUGCGCCUCCAAGAUGAUUUGUUCAAACACACAAACUGCACAGCUCUCAGGAAUCAUUGGAGGAGAAGUCAGCUGCUGCCAGGGUGACCUCUGCAACAGUGAUACAACAACAGCGUCACAGCCCAGCAGCACAACUGCUGGCACAACAACAGGAUCACAGCCCAGCAGUACAACUGCUGGCACAACAACAGCAUCAAAGCCCAGCAGCACAACUGCUGGCACAACAACAGGAUCACAGCCCAGCAGCACAACUGCUGGCAAAUCAACAAGUACCAUCCUUGUAUGCUUUGUGGCACCACUGAUCGCUUUGGUCUUGUUCUCUUAG